AUGGCUGCGCCUCGCGUCGUGAACGCAAGAGCGACAAGGUCCAAGGGCGAGUCUGCAACCCGCACCCGCAUCCUCAAGGACGGCACCAUCGAAUCCGUCGCCGAACUCAUCAACAAUGGCUCAGCCAAGAAUAUCAUUGUGAUGAGCGGUGCAGGAAUCUCAACAGCCGCAGGGAUCAAGGACUUCCGGUCCCCAGGAACAGGACUCUACGACGACCUUGAACGGUUCAACCUGCCUUACCCCGAGGCCGUCUUUGACAUCUCGUUUUUCAAGGACAACCCUGAUCCCUUUUACCGCCUCGCCAAGGAGCUGCUUCCUGGACGAUAUCGCCCAACGUUCACGCACUACUUGUUGCCAUUGCUGGCCAAAAAGGACUUGCUGCUGAGAUCGUACACUCAAAACAUUGAUAUGCUCGAACGUCUGACAGGGCUGGAUGAAGAUCUCUUGGUCGAAGCCCACGGAUCCUUCGCGACCUCCGAGUGUAUCCAGUGCAACGAACUCUGUGAUAACUCCUAUGUCAGAAAACAUAUUUUGAAGGGCGAGAUCCCACACUGCAUGGAAUGCAAAGGUCUGGUCAAACCAACCAUCACUUUCUUUGGCGAGCAACUCCCCGACCGCUUCGGCACCCUCGCUCAAGUCGACUUCAAAAAAUGCGACCUGUUGAUCGUAUUGGGCACAUCCCUCCAAGUAGAGCCCUUCAACCGCUUAAUCACACGAGUCCCCGCCAGCUGCCCACGCCUCUUGAUUAACCGCGAGAAGGCAGGAGAAGAUAUGCACUUGGGAUUCGACUUUGACGACAAGUGGAAGUACCCCGUUCUACGCGAUGCCGUCUUCUUGGGCAACUGCGAUGAAGGAGUUCGACAGCUUGCUAAGCUCUGUGGUUGGGAGGGCGAGCUUCAGGCAAUGUUCGAGGCUGGAAACAUCGAGAUGGCAUUGGCCGAAGAGCUGGAAGCCUUGACGCUGGCCAAGGAGGCAGAGGAGGAACAAAAGGAGAUUGAAGAACGUGCAAAGGCUGAACAGGAGAGCGAUAAGGGCGAGAAAGAGAAGCCCCAUGUAAAGGAACACACCGAGAAUGUCCUCAAGGACACCCACGAGAACCAUCAGGUCCCCAAGAAUUUGGAAGAGUCAAAGUCCAACACCAAAAAGCCCUCGUCUUCUGACGAUGUGGAUGCGAUUUCGGACCUCCUUCAGGCGACAGAGAUUUCGUCCUCCAAGAAGGACUCGGCACCCGCCAAGGACACGACCAAGGCAGGCAAGGACGACAAGCCCAGCUAA